CAAGCCUUUCCCAUUUCUUCCCAAAGUAACAACAAAACAAGUCUUCAAAUUAAACAGCGGCACAGUGAAGAAUACAUCUGAAUUUUUUAGCCAAACAAACAUGUUGAAGGCCGGAAAGGCACCGGAGAAGUCCAAUUUCGCUCAGACAUGCUACCUCCUGAGCCAGUACGUGAAGGAGAGAGGAAGGAUGGACGAUAUUAGCCGUGGAAUGAAUAGGAAACUGGAGCCUAAAGAAAAACCCGAAACAUCUGAUCUGCCAGCGGCAACCACUAUGGAUUUAUUAAUAAACAUGGAAAAUUCAGCUGAGGCUUUGAGACAAAACACCGUGUCUCCUUCAAAUGCGCAAUCCACGGAUUUUCUUCAACAGUUUGGUUGUUUCUAUCCCUCAAACUCGAGCGACAUGGCUUCUAGUAAGGCCGAUUUCAGGAAACCGGCGAUCAAGGAGGCUGUAACAGCCCAGAUGACAAUUUUUUACGCCGGCCAAGUACUAGUAUUCAACGACUUUCAGGCCGACAAGGCAAGGGAGAUCAUGGCUUUGACCAGAAAGGGAUGCUCUUAUACUUCUGGCAUGGACAAAGUAAAUUCAGGAAGUUCUAUUGCAGCCUCGUCCCAAAGGAAUACCACCCAACAACGCCUUCAACAACAAUAUCAAGCUAUUGAUUCUGAUUUGCCAAUUGCAAGAAGAGCUUCACUUCACCGGUUCUUGGAGAAGAGGAAGGAUAGGACGGCGGCAAAAGCACCAUAUCAAAGCAACCCACCUUUUGAAGCUCCUCCCAAGCCCAAGGAAAGCAACCCAUGGAUUGAGCUGGAAUAUCAAUCUUCAGAACAGCUCGAGCAUAAGAUAUAAUGACCACCUCACCAUUUCUUAGGACCUCCAUCUAGCGACUUUAAAAAUGAAUAUUAUACUAGUUAUUAGGCCUUGUGUACUUUUUUUUUUCUCAAUUAUUUAAUAAAUUUGUACGUACUAUUCAUCAAGUAGAUCAAGCUUCUGAAUUUUCGAAAUGUCAUAAAACUGAUAAGUUUGUGGGCUAUUGACACUACAAAAAUAAAUGAUUUUUGUGACUGAAUUUUAGUGGCCUUUCAGGACGUCUAAAAGGUCACUAAACAA